AUGGGUUAUUUAAUGCUGACAAUUUUUAUUGCUGGUAAUACUUCUAUCUAUCUAUCUAUCUAUCUAUCUAUCUAUCUAUCUAUCUAUCUAUCUAUCUCAGUAUAUAUCGGGACUGACAGAUUCCCCCCCUCUCUCUCUAUCACGUACAUAUAUAUCCCUAUCCCCUCCCGUUCACCUUUCCUCUCUUGUUCGUUCUUUCUCUCUUCUUUUCAUUUCCUCUCUAUCUUCUCCUCCUCUCUCCACGCACCAUCUUUUCGUUCCUUCGCCUUAAUUUCUUUGUCAGAGAAGAAAGUUCGAAAGCAAAUAGAAAUUCAGAAUCAAAGAAAAGAAACAAUUCUUGCAGAAUGUCGAAAAUCCCAAACUGUUAAACGGAACGCGUCCAAAAUAUCUGGCAAUAUGUUGGUGGUCCGGCGGUAUUCUCUUCUGUACUGUGCCAUAGCAAAGGUUGGUUGUACUUUCCUCAGGCGUCUCGUGCUGACUCUUUCGGCUGGAGAGGGACAAUACAGCUCCCCCUUUGACAUUUCGCCAAGCGAUAUUCAUUUUCGGUAUGUGGAGACCCUUUCGAAGGUUCCGGAACCGCAAAGAACGUUUAUGAAGAACAACUUCACCAAACUUCUCUUCGUACGGGAUCCCUACUCCAGACUCUUUUCUGCUUAUGUCGACAAACUCUUCACGCCCCAGACCGCGUUUCUCCAGAAUUACGGACGCUAUAUAAUCCGAAAAUUUCGGAAAGGCGCCACGAAAAAAAGCAUCGAAUGUGGCCAUGACGUCAGCUUCUCUGAGUUUGUACAAUAUGUGAUAGCUUCGAUAAAAGGCAAGGGUCAGAUGAACCCACACUUCAUGCCUAUGUAUCUUCAGUGCGACCCCUGCAGUCAGUCCUAUGAUGUCAUUGGUCGAUUAGAAACACUCAAAGAGGAUUUGAGUUUGGUUCUGCCGCGUGCACAAUGGCAAUACUACCUGCCAGAAAGUUUGAAAGAAUUGUCCCAACUCGACGAAGUGAGAGACGCUGUCAGCAUUGCCUUUAACAAUCGAAAUGCUCAAAAAGGUUGCUUGACUUUCCACGAGGUAAGUAAUCAUUAA